GAUUCCGCGGGUGAUUCCUGAUUACGUCACUUGUUCGGUACUGGAUGUCUGGACUCUUACCUGUGAUUGGACAGCGCAGCUGUCAGUCAAUGAGAUGGGCAUGGUGCUUGGCUGGAAGGCGACUGGGCGGGGUUAUGUGCCGGGAAGGGAGAACGGCGCUUGUCUGACCCUGAUAGACCAGCUAUGAUGAUUCACGGUUUUAAAAGUAGUAAUCAAGACUUCAGCUUUGGACCAUGGAAGCUGACAGCCAUCAAGACCCACAUUAUGAAAUCAGCAGAUGUUGAAAAAAUGGCAGAGGAGAUGCACAUGCCCUGUCUCCCUGAGAUGAUGUUCGGGGACAAUGUCUUAAGGAUUCAACACUCCUCUGGUUUUGGUAUUGAGUUCAACGCUAGGGAUGCACUCAAAAGAGUGAACAAGAAUCAAGGGGCUGUCAAAGUAGCCUGUGCUGAAGAGUGGCAAGAGAGUAGGUCCGAUAGUGAGCACAGCAAAGAAAUUGUGAAGCCUUAUGACUGGACGUACACAACGGAUUACAAGGGAACUCUGCUGGGCAGCAACCUGAUUUUUGAUGUUGUCCCAACUGCAGAACGUAUUAACACGGAGAAACUGAAGACCAGAGAGCAGAUCAUGUUUUUUGAGGAAGUUCUGCUGUUUGAAGAUGAGCUACAUGACCAUGGGGUCUCUAGCCUGAGUGUCAAAAUUAGAGUCAUGCCUUCCGGGUUUUUCCUUCUCCUCAGGUUCUUCCUCCGAGUGGACGGUGUCCUCAUGCGAAUGAAUGACACUCGACUCUACCAUGAGUCUGACAAGACAUUCAUGUUGCGAGAAUACACAUCCAGAGAGAGCAACAUCAGCAGCCUGAGUCAUGUACCUCCUCCCCUCUUCACGGAGCCUAAUGAGAUCUCUCAGUACUUGCCUGUCACAGAAACCAUUUAUGAAAAGUUGGAAUUUCCAAUGUUACCACAGACAGAAAGAGGUGACUCUGUAGGUCCCAUAACCGUACCACCGCCAUAAGUAGCACACUUAAAUGCCUGUUUUCAAGAGUACAGAUGGACUUGCAUUCACACCACAAAAAUCCACUUUACAUAGAAACUUUUUUUUUUCCUUUGUAGCCAUUGAAGCACAAACUCAUCAGAUGUUCCACAGAGAUCACAGUGCUGGUUACAUGUGUUUCUUCAAUACCAAAUGCCAUAGCAGGUUUCUAUACAUUUUCAUAAGGCACCUGCAGACAUUUACCACGUUGCCAGUGUUCUGUAAUGUCCACCGGAACUAUACUGUGGUGUGAGAUAGAAGUGGACAUGUAAGACGAUGCUUGAUGACCCAUACAUUGUAUUUAAGUGACUUUUCAAGCAAGGUUUUUGGCUUGAUGACCUUUGUCUACUUUGCAUCGUUGGUUGUCAGUCAAGAUGAGUGUAUUCAGAUAUGCCUACUCAUAAAUGAUCUCUGUUUGAAGUUGUCUUUCAGUCUGUAUAGAACUCUGCUAAUUGCCGUCUAGGAAAUCCUUCCCCCUAUAAUUGUACCAGUUUCAUUAAAGGUAGCAAGAAAAUCACAAUAGAAUUAUUUGCUUGGUUAAGUCCUACCGCCCCAUGAAAAUGAGGGAUCUAGCAAUAAAGCUGGAAACAAUACUUUAUUAAUAAAAAUAUUAAAACAA